GACGACUAUAUAACGCGAGAUCACUCACAUAAGUGCUCUCCAAUGCAGAGGAAUUCCCCGCUCAUGGCUUCCAAGUUUCUUGUAAUCGCGCUAGGGGUGACGUGCGUCCUAGAGUCUUUCGGAAAGGCGACGGUACAUCAGGAGAUACUUCAGUUAGAGAACUCGAACGACACGCGCCUAAAAUAUCCUACGCAGUUCACUCAGAAUAUAGUUCCGAAACCCAUACACUCACAUAAUGAUUACUGGAGAGACGUACCCCUGUUGACGGCCAUAAGUUUUGGAGUUCAGAGUGUGGAAGCAGACGUAGGUCUCUUCAAUGGCACUCUCUUCGUUGGGCAUGAACAGGCUGCCUUGACCAAGGAUAGAACUUUGGACUCACUAUAUAUCCAGCCACUGCUGCAAAUUCUCGAGAAGCAGAAUCCAAAGAACGCAUUCACUGUGAAUGCCACGCAACCCAACGGGGUCUUCGACACGGCGAGCGACGUUUCGCUACAACUACUGGUGGACAUUAAGACAGAUGGCGUAGAGGCACUGCCAUUUAUCUUGAAAGCAUUCGAACCUCUGCGAAAAGCUGGAUAUUUAACGACGUUCGCAAAUGGUACAUUAACGAAGUCAGCUGUCACCGUGAUAGGGACUGGAAACUCUCCCUUGGAACAGGUGAAAGCAUUGUCUCCUCGAGAUUACUUCUUCGACGCCCCUCUUACCCAACUCACGGACCCCUCACUGAAUACAACUUGGGAUCCGUCGCUCUCGCCCAUCGCGUCGACAGACUAUGAGACAGCCGUUGGGUGGAAUGGCAUAGGGAACAUUAGUGACAGUCAAAUAGCAAACAUCACCAAAUUCGUGCAGGAUGCGCAUGACCGAGGAAUUAAAGCUCGAUUCUGGGAUACUCCCGGAUGGCCAAUCCAUGCGAGAGAAAACGUUUGGAGAGUCCUAGCUGAGAAUGGGGCAGACUGGCUCAAUGCGGAUGAUCUGGAGGCUGCGAGCAACUUCUGAAGGUCAUUAAGCGUACAACAUAGGAUAUAGGAUAACCGUAGAUACGAGACGAGAGACAUUAUGAUUGACCCCACACGUUUGACGCAUCAACACCGAGCUUCCGUCGAUCG